AUGGAUUCCCAGCUGGUCGCAGCGCUCGCGAAGAGCGAUCCCGAAGUCGCUUUUCGCGCGCGACCGAAUCACAUCCACUCCACCUGGGCCAAGACCUUCUCGUCCCUGCCCGAGCUGUACAUCCAGCCAGAAUCCCUCGAGGAAGUCGAAAAGGUCAUAGACCUCGCGCGGACAUGUCGUCGUCGCAUCGUUCUGACGGGAUGCGGCCACUCGCCCUCCAACAUCACCUGCACCUCGAGCUGGCUCGUGAACCUCGACAAUUUCAACAAGGUUCUCUCCAUCAAUGAAGAGACGGGUGUCGUCGUUAUGCAGAGCGGCAUCAGGCUGUACUCGUUGUGCGCGCACUUGCAGAAGCAUGGUCAUCGACACGGAUCGCAGCAUGUUCGAUCGCUGGACCGCAGACCUCUGGACGCGCUCCGAGUUUGUUCGCGUCUGGUGGUUCCCCUACACGCGGCGCGCGGUCGUUCUGGGAGGCCAACAAGACGGACGAGCCGGUGCGCCCGCCCCCCGUGCGCAACUACGAUGGCGCCCUCGGCUUACUACAUCUACCACAACCUCUUGUAUCUCGCGCACCACGUGCCGCGCGUCCUGCCGUGGGUGGAGUGGUUCGUCUUUGGCAUGCAAUACGGCUUCGCCAACGGCUCCACCACGACGGCGGUCCAGCCCUCCGGGAAGGCUCUGCUUCAUGAAACUGCCCUCUACUCGCAGUUCGGCAACGAGUGGGGCCCAUCCCCCCUGCACAAGGGACCCGAAGCCCUCCGCCGCCUCUCCUCGUGGCUCAACCACCUCGACCCGGCCGACCCGGACUACGUCCCCCACAACAUUCCCUUCUCCGCCGACGGCCUUUACGUCCACGCCCCCCGUCGAGUCCGCGUCAGCGACACCUUCCCCUCACCGAGGAACGUCCUGGGCGGCGGCGACAGGCUGGCGCUCGAGGAGGUCGAGAUCGCGCGGACGGCGGCGAGGGAUGGCGGCGUGCGGGUCGAGGGUACCGUCUAG